AUGGAGUUGGUCGCUAUCAACCCCGUCUGCGCGUACGGUCCCGCGUUCGGGAAAGAGGAUUCAACGACCCUACGAUCCAUUACCGAGCUUACCUCUGGCAACGCACCGGGCAUUCCUCGGAUUCAGUGGGGCGUGGUAGAUGUCCGCGACUGCGCAGAACUGCAUGUCCUGGCCAUGACGCAUGAAGAAGCGCCGGCGCAGCGCUUCAUCUGUAUUGGGGAGGGAAUGAUGUGGAUGAGCGAGAUGGCGGCGACCGUGAAAAGAAAUAUGGGAGACAAGGCGAAGAGAGUGACGACGUUCCAGCCCCGGAUUUCCUUAUGCGAGCUGCGGCGAUUUUUAUGCCGGUUGCGAGGCUGGUCCUGCAGGACUUGGGGCGCGAUAGAGAUGUUCGAGGUGACAAGGCGCGAAACCUACUGGAGUGGAAGUGGAUGUAUACGAACGAAGAGGCGGUCGUAG